CAGAUACCACCAAAUCAGAGUAACUCAAAAUUAUUCACCAAGGCAUUCGAUCGAAGAAUAAAGCAUCUGCUGGAGCACUUCAGCAUUCCAGGGCUCGCUAUUUCCGUUGUGCAAGAUGACGAAAUUCUUGCGAGGGGCUACGGAGUUUCUGAUAUCGAGACCUCGCAAGCAGUAACCGAACACACGCUUUUCUUCGGUGGAAGCACAACCAAAGCGUUUACCGCUGCUGCUGCCUCGCUGCUGGUGGAUGAUAAUCAUCAAUACCCCAGCAUUCAGUGGACCACUCCCGUUCAUUCCAUCAUCCCGGACGACUUCGUCAUGAUCGACCCCUGGUAUACGGCCCAUGUCACCGUGACAGAUAUCCUCUCUCAUCGCUCAGGUCUACCACGCCACGACUGGCUGCUGCUGACCAAUCUGACUCAGCAAGAGAUCGUCCAUAAGAUACGGUACCUGCCACUGACAGCCGAAAUCCGCACCAAGUUCCAAUAUAGCAAUCUUAUGUAUAUCACUGCCGCUCACAUGAUCGAGUCCGUGUCCGGUCAAUCGUUGCCGUCGUUAAUGACUGAAAGAAUCUGGGCCCCGUUGAACAUGUCGGAAACCUAUCUUUCGUUGGUCGAUGCCCAGCGCGCGGGACGAAACAUCUCACAGGGUUAUUACCUCGAUACAGACGGCAAGCUCUUGUCAACCCAGCGGGUUAGUAUGAGGAAUUCGCAUGGUGCAGGAAAUAUUCUCUCCUCGGUUGCAGAUUAUGCCAAAUGGAUUUCGACUCUCCUGCGCAGGGGCCCCCCGUUGUCUGAGGCUGCUUACCGCGCUCUGUUCGGUGCUCACAGUAUCGCUUCCAAGGAGCCAGUCGCGCCCUUUGUGUCACCGACGCUAUACGGGAUGGGCUGGGUGGUACAGACGUACCGCGGUGAAACCGUGAUCCAGCACGCUGGAUCCCAGUAUGGGUUCGGGUCUCUGGUGGUCCUACUACCGAAGCGCAAGCUGGGAGUUGUGAUCAUGGGCAACAACAUGCGUGGGGCCAAUGCGGCUGCUGAUAUCAUUGCUUUUGAUAUUAUAGAUGAUGUUCUCGAUAUAACCAAGGAUGAACGCUUCGACUGGAGAAGAAGAGCCGAUGAACGAUUAGCAGCCGACACACUCACCACUGACACUUUCCGUGAAUUAUAUCCAGUUCUCCCAGAUCCACCUCUACUUUACCCACUCAACCUUUCUGCGUAUGAGGGCACAUUUGUACAUGUUGCGUAUCCUAAUUUGACCUUAUCGAGUGAUUGUAGUGAGACGGCAGGCGGCAUUGUCUACGAAAAUGGAACAGAUGCUAAGCUCUGUGCAUCUCUGGUCGAACCAGGGGAUUAUUUUCCCAAGCCGCUGUCGCUGGAGAUCUACCAUGUUAGUGGUACCUCUUGGGUUCUGGUCAGUACUAUAGCUGGUGCAAUGUCUGCAGCCAGGGUUGAAUUCAGGUAUGAUGCUGAUAGACGCAAAGUGAGCCACAUGGGUGCUGAGGUUGAAUCCUCCAUGGCGCGGACAGGGGAGAAGGUUUGGUGG